UGGGUGUAUUGACGUGAUCAAUGCAGUGACCUGCAGCUACCUUCAAAGCAAAUAGUCAAUCAUGGCGAACAAAAAAAUCGUCUGUCUGCUUGCAAAUCAUACGAACUUUUACAAGAUAAAUCUAUCAACUUUGACUACUGGGAUAAGGAAUAAAUCUUCUUGGGAGUCGGUUGAAAAAGAAACUCACACUGGCCAGAAAUGGGAUAAAGAUGAUUAUAGGCUGGUCAGGUUUGUGGACAAACCAAAGCAUGUGAAUCCCAACUGGGCAAUCGACUUAAUAGCUGAGGUUCCUCCUACUCAAACAGAUAAAAGGGUUAUUGCCUGUGACGGAGGUGGUGGGCCCACCGGCCAUCCUAAAGUCUAUAUAAAUCUGGAUAAGCCUGGGGCACACGCCUGCGGGUACUGUGGCCUCAGAUUCUUCAAGGAAGAUAUCCACCACUAAGCAAUAUUCUUUGAGACCCUAAAAAUCAUAGUAUAACAAAUGUAACUGACAUCAACUGUCAGUUUUGUCACUAUUAUUAUAUAGGCACGUGAAAUAUAAGAUGUAAAAGCACAA